AUGACUAGUACAGGAAAUGAGGAUACAGCGGGUGCAAGGAUGAUACAUAUCAAAGCCGUAGUGGUUGGAGACGGCUCAGUGGGCAAGACCUGCCUUCUUUUUGUCUAUGCGAAUAACUCAUUUCCAGAGGACUACUUGCCAACAGUCUUUGACAACUAUUCUGCCAACGUCGUUGUUGACAACUUGACGAUAAAUAUUGGUCUCUGGGAUACUGCGGGCCAGGAGGAUUACGACAAAUUGCGACCCUUGAGCUAUCCAGGGGCGCACGUAUUUUUGCUCUGCUUUAGCGUCGUUUCCAGCACUUCGUUUGCAAACAUCAGAUCCAAAUGGUACACAGAGGUCAAGGAGUACUGUCCAAACGUGCCGAUGAUCCUUGUCGGAACAAAGUAUGACCUGCUGUCCGACGAGGCUUACCUGGCCAAGAUGAAAGAGAAGAACCAAUCCCCGGUGUCUGAUGAACGUGCAGAGGAAGUUGCAAAAGAGAUAAAGGCCAUUAAGUACAUUAGCUGCAGUGCCCGAUGCCAACUUCGCGUAAAGGACGUGUUUGAUAGUGCAAUCCGCGCGGCUCUCAAGAAUAUGGGGAUGAUGGGUAGUGGGACUUCCAAGGCAGGAAAGAAAAAGGAUGGAUCUGGAAAGGGAAAGUGUGUUAUAUUCUAG